UUUCUCUCUCUUCAAGAACAGCUUACCCCGUCUCUCUCCUCAUUUUCACCGCUCUCUCUCCUCCCUGUAUUUAUCUUCUCCUUUCUUCAACCUUUGAGUGGCUUUCUGGUGGCCCAAGGAAAACAAACCAACGGAACCAAAAAAAAGGCACAAACUUUAUCUCCUUUUCCCGGCCACCCACAUCGGAACCCAGAUCGAACCCGGACCCGAAUUCUCAGAAAACCAACCCCACAUUGACGAUUGAGAGAUGAACCCACAGUAGAUAUGGAUGUGGGUCAUUGAAUCUUUUCAGUUGUCAAUGCUAAUAGUUGGAGGAAGGGAACGGGUUUGAGAUGUGAAACCGGAUUCGGGUGCGGAUACGGGCUUGGUUUUCAGAUUCAUGGGGAUUUGUUUGAGUUCUGUAAAGGACCAGCAUUCCAAUUAUACACACGCCAGUCCUCAAGGAGAUGACUCUGUUGUAUCUUCUCAAGCUCCAAGUAGAACAUCAAACACCACUCCUUUGGCUUCCAAGAAUGUCAAAGACCUUCGCCAAAGCCCCGGAUAUAUCAAUGUCAGCAUAUUUACUUAUGAUGAGAUGAGUUUGGCCACAAAACAUUUCCGGCCAGAUCUAAUUCUUGGUGAGGGUGGGUUUGGAGUUGUAUAUAAAGGAGUUAUUGAUGAUAACGUGAGGACUGGAUUCAAGACCACGCAAGUUGCCAUCAAGGAGCUUAAUCGAGAAGGGUACCAAGGUGAUAGGGAAUGGCUGGCAGAAGUUAAUUAUCUGGGACAGCUGAGUUAUCCUACUCUUGUGAAGCUGAUUGGGUACUGCUGUGAGGAUGACCACCGGCUACUGGUCUAUGAAUACAUGGCAAGUGGCAGCCUGGAAAAACAUCUUUUUCGCAGAGUGGGCUGUACGCUUACAUGGUCAAGAAGAAUGAAGAUUGCUUUAGAUGCUGCGAAGGGGCUUGCUUUUCUUCAUGGUGCAGAGAGACCAAUCAUUUACCGCGACUUCAAGACAUCAAAUAUCUUGUUGGAUGGGGAUUUUAAUGCAAAGUUGUCAGACUUCGGCCUUGCAAAGGAAGGGCCAAUGGGAGACCAAACCCAUGUUUCAACACGAGUGAUGGGAACGCAUGGAUAUGCUGCUCCUGAGUAUGUAAUGACUGGGCAUCUCACCGCCCGAAGUGAUGUUUAUGGAUUUGGAGUGGUACUUCUUGAGCUGCUCAUUGGAAGAAGGGCAAUGGAUAAGAGCAGACCCGGCCGAGAACACAACCUGGUUGAGUGGGCUCGCCCACUCUUGAAUCAUAAUAAGAAACUUCUGAGGAUUGUAGACCCUAGACUGGAAGGGCAGUACUCACUUAAAACUGCAACGAAGGUGGCCAAUUUGGCAUAUCAGUGCCUUAGUCAAAACCCGAAAGGGAGGCCCCUUAUGAGCCAGGUGGUUGAAAUGCUGGGUUCUCUUCAGACAACAGGAAACGAUGAACUUCAAGGUGGAGAAGGUGGUGUAACUCUUUACGAGGCUCCGAAGGGAACCUUUGGAACUCCCGCCAGGAAGAGAGACCCGAACAGAAGAGACGGUGAAAGGGGUGGAGAGGCACGUAGAAGGAGCAAACCGGGAAAUGGAGGUAGCAAGAGCGAGCCUAUGAAGGAUAUCGAUAGUAGUAACGUGUCUCCAGAUUUUGUGACAUGAAAAGUAGCUCCGACUGGAUGGAGGGUUGAAACUGUACAAGAUGAGAUCAACUGGUCUGUCCAUUUGGUGUUUUUGAGUUAAAUCCAUGCCCCGGGGCGGGGCGAAAUUUGUGAUUAACACUUUGUAAUUCAUUUUCUUCACACUGUAUUGUAAUCACUAUCGUGUACGAAUGAGAUUAUAAUUUAGUAGAGCAUCUCAAGAAAACCCUUUUUUCCCUAA